GAGAGAGAGAGAGAGUGAGAGAUGCUCUCUGUCGACAUGUAUGUAUAUGUGUAUGUAUGUAUGUAUAUAUAAGCCAUUAAUUGAGAGCUGUGAAGAGAAGUGGGCUCAAAUAAUAUUAAUCCAUGUCAAUUCUCACCUUCUUCUUCUUCAACCUAAUUCUUCUCAUCCAUGGAAGUAUUGUACUUUCCUGCAACCCUAUCGACCGUGAUUCCCUUCUCUCUUUCCACCACCAAAUCUCCUCUUCCCCUCCCCUCAAUUGGUCCUCCUCCGUCGCCGCCGACGAUUGUUGCCAAUGGGAAGGCGUUUCCUGCACCGGCGACGGCGACGGCCUGCUCCGCCGUGUGACGCGUUUAUGGCUGCCGGAGAGAUCCCUCGCCGGAGCAAUCACCGAUUUUUCGUUCCUGGCAAACCUCUCCUCUCUCUCUCACCUCAAUCUCUCCGGCAACCGUAUCUCCGGCGCUUUCCCUUCUCUGUUUCCUCACUCCAUCAAAAUACUAGAUCUGUCGAGCAACCGCUUCAACGGCACCGUCGAUUCUCUCUCCCUCCGGCGACGGGGAUUGAAUUUGAUCGCCUUUAAUAUCAGCAACAACAGCUUCUCCGGCGCGAUUCCUUCCUCCAUCUGCUCCGCCUCGCCGUUUCUCGAAACCCUAGAUUUCUCCAUGAAUCAAUUUACCGGCCGUAUUUAUCACGGAUUGGGCGAGUGCUCGCAGUUGCAGAUUCUCAGAGCAGGUUUCAAUUCUAUCUCCGGUUGGCUGCCGAACGAUCUCUACAGUAUCCGUACGUUAAAGGAAAUCUCUCUCUGCAACAACCAAUUUUCCGGUCCAAUCGACGGUAGAAUCUCUCUGUUUUCUAAUCUCACCAUUUUAGAGCUCCACGUGAACGAAUUCACCGGCGAGAUACCGAACAACAUCGGUCUCCUCUCCAAAUUGGAGCAGCUCCAAUUUCACACAAACAGCUUAAACGGAACCCUACCCCACUCCCUAACAGACUUAUCAAAUCUCAACACUCUGCUCUUACGAAACAACCACUUCGCCGGAGAAAUUUCCGUUCUCGAUUUCUCCAAACUACAGAAACUCCAGGCAAUUGAUCUCGGCAACAACACUUUCACCGGAAAAGUCCCCGACAGCCUCUGCCUGUGCCGCUCUUUGACCGCCCUCCGAUUAGCCUACAAUAAACUCACCGGCGAAAUCCCACCUUGCAUGUCUUCACUCAAAUCACUAUCACACUUUUCGAUCUCCGAUAAUUACUUGUCCAAUGUCGCCGGAGCUCUAAAAAUUCUCCGGCACUGCGAGAAUCUCGCGGUUUUAUUCAUGUCCAGGUGUUUCAGUGACGAACCGAUGCCCGAUGAUAAUGAUCUUUUGAAUUUGAGCGGAUUCGAAAAUCUGCAGAUAUUGACUCUCGGAGGUUGCAAACUCGAGGGAAGAAUCCCUUUUUGGAUUUCGAAAUUGAGGAGAAUCAAAGUACUGAAUCUCUCCUACAACAAGAUUUCGGGUCCGAUUCCAAAAUGGCUAGGGAAUAUGCCGAGCAUGUUCGUCUUAAACCUGACGAAAAACUUCCUCACAGGAGAUCUCCCGUACGAAAUUACCCUUUUACCCUCCUUGAUAUCCGACAACACGAGCUCCGAUUUGAGCCACCUAGCACUCCCGUUCUUGUUCGACAGCUUGCAGUACAACCGCCUCUUCAACUUACCACGAGGGUUGAAAGUCGGGAACAACAGUCUCAGCGGGAACAUUCCGGAAGAAAUCGGAAGGUUGAAACUCCUCCGUGUGUUGGAUUUGAGCAACAACAACUUCAACGGUGGGAUUCCUCACCAGCUGUCGGGCCUCGUGAAUUUGGAGAGAUUGGAUAUGUCGGGGAACCAUUUAUCGGGAAAGAUUCCGGAAUCUUUGACGGAGCUGAAUUUCUUGUCGUAUUUUAACGUGGCGAAUAAUGAUCUUGAAGGGGAGAUUCCGAGGAAGGGACAAUUUGAUACUUUCACUGCUGACGAUUUUGAAGGGAAUCCGAAACUUUGCGGUUAUUUGUUGAGAAGAAAUUGUACGAUUACCGGACAAGACAACAACGUCGACACGAAUGAGGAAGAAGAAGAAGAGAACGAGGGUUCUUGGUAUAAUGUGCCUUUUGGGUUGGGAUAUUUUGUGGGACUAUUUGCAGUCACAAUCAGUUUAUUGUUGAUAAAUGGUUCUUGGAUAAGUUUUAGAAAGUGAUUAUAACUAAUAGAAUCUAGCAACAAAGUUGAUGUAAAUUAUGGAAGAAAGUUAGUAAUGUUUGGGUUAAGUAUUUGAAAUUGAACGUAAA